CUAAAUAAUUGACUUGUCUCUGUGAACCCCCUCCAUACUAACGACAUCAAAACAUGUGGCGACGGCAGCCACCCGCUGUACGCGCCCAACCAUGGCACUUCACCGGAGAGAUAUAGCACUUGGUGGCAUUAUGUGCUUUAUCACGUGGGGUUAUGCCACCAAUUGGUUCCCGACGCUCCGCUGGGUCGGCUACGCCUUUGUUGGCGGUGCGCUGGUCACACUCGUUGCCCUUCUCGCUCUCGUGCUGCUCACCUCGCGCGGCCCCAGAUUCCGCAAUUUUCGAAAGACAGCGCGGCCACAUGGCGCUGCCUUUGUCGGCCCCGAUGCGUGGAAAACAGAGGUGGCCGCUUUGCGACACCGCCAGACCUAUGCUAAGACGCCGCUCUGCCCCGAGUCCCCCAGGGUGUCGGCAGCUCUCGACGACGUCCUCGAGUACAUCAUCCGCGACUUCAUCAGGGUGUGGUAUUCGAACAUUAGCACAAAUCCCGUGUUCACAGACGAGGUAGACAAGGCCAUACGGGGCGCUCUGCUCAGGGUCCGCGAUCGACUCCGGGAGCUCGACCUCGCCGAGGUGCUGACUACGCGCCUUGUCCCGAUCCUGACCGCCCACUUCCGCGACUUCUCCGAUGCUGAGCGAGCUGUGAGGGGACGCAAGCUAAACCGGUCUGUCACCGAAACCGAGGAGCUGGAUCUGGCCAUCGCCUCGAAAUACAGGGAGGGGAAGUUGCAUCCAGCUGCGACUCUGUUUUUCUCGGAUACCAAAACGACGCAACAAGAUUACCUGCGGCAGACAAUGUCCAAGGUGUUGCCCAAGGUUGUGCCCGAGAGCUUGCUUGCCUCGAGAGCCGUUUCGAUCCUCGUCCGCGAGAUCACCGCAUGUGCAGUCAUGUUCCCUGUGAUGCAGAUGUUGGCCGACCCUGAUACCUGGAAUCAGCUGAUGGAGAACUAUGGACGAACCAUGUUGCAAGACCGCUCCACGGUCCGGAGACUGCGCGCCGCCCUAGACCAGCACGCCUCUCCCGCUCCCAAGACGGGCAAGCCGGUAACGUUCCCGCGUCUCACGCCUGGUGAUAGUGAGAAGAGGUUCGAAAAGUUCAUUCGGGCGAUCCGCAAGGUGAACAAUUUGUCAGAUGCCAGGCGAUUCCGCAGCGAGGUUGCGAGUCAGUUGAAGAGGGACUCGCAACAGGAGAACGCGGACCAAGUCUAUCUACGCCGGCUGGACAUGGGCAAGCGAAUGCUAGAUCAAAGGGUGUACCAUCUGGCCGCUGGCGGUGGCCGACGAGCCCUUCCACCAAACCCGGUUCCCGGCACAGGACCAUCAGCCGCAUCUCGGCUGGAGAAUGCGUCGCUCCCUGAAUUGCUCCGAGACCCUUCGAGCCUGUCCUACUUCAUGGAGUACAUGGAUAGACAGCGCUUGGUAUCAAUGGUUCAGUUUUGGCUUGUCGUCGAUGGCUUCCGCAACCCACUUGAACCCGACGGUCUCGACGGAGAGCAGUUGCCGCUGCAAUUCCCCCCCUGGACAGAAUCGGACAGACUCGAUCUUGCUCAAAUUGAUGCUGCCUACCUAGGCAAGCCCGAGUUGGAGGUCCCAGAGUCCUCGAAGCGCAUAGUUCAAGAGUUUCUAAAAGCCGGCAAACGGGCAACUCCGGAGCAGUAUUAUAAAGCACGAAGGGAAAUCCUGCGAGCGCAGAGCGCCGUCCUGGACGAAAUGCGGACCAAACACUUUCAGAAUUUCAAGAGGUCAGACUUGUUUUAUAAAGCAUUGGCUGCCGAAGAGGCAUCCAAGCAUACAGCGCUACCAGCCACAGGAGCUCUUCGGUCAGGCUCGCCUCUUCCACGAGCUUCUUCAUACACCGCGUCUAAGCCAAGCUCCGUUGCGCGCCUUGCCCCGAGACUACACACAGGACCCCAGGGCCGGAAGGCUGGAUCGACGUCUGAUCUGAGAGCCCUAAAUGUUGACGGCAUCGGCGGAUUCGAUCCCAGACGAUCAAUCGACGAAGAUCGCUCUCCUAAUCCAUUAUUCGACGAUGAUGAUGUAGGGGAUGACGCUCUAGCUGACUCGGUAGCGAGCCUUGAUCAGGACUUCAGUGCUGCGCCGCCAGUGCCCGAUACAAAGGUAGUCCAAGAGAUGGAGAAGGCCCUCAAUACUAUUUUGGAAGACAGUCAGCCGCCGACAGCAGAGGAUCUCAGGGCGUCUUUAUUUGGUGAAGGUGACGAGAGCUCGAGUGGGAUAUUCGGCUCACUAGACGGCGCCGCCAGGGCGAGCUCACCUGCAGAUGCCCCAAGGUUAAACAGGCGACCGGUGGAUUCGACCAGACCUGGCGAGCCGUCGCUCAAUCUCAAGCCCACUGAAGCGCCCAAACCAGGCAGGGCCUCCCUUGACAUCAGCCGGACUACUGAUUUGCCGCGGUCAGGGAGAAGCUCCCUGGACGGGGAUAGACCUGCAAAGGGCCAAGAGAAACCCAGUCUAGCAUCCUUAGGUCUCGUGAGCGCGGCUUCACGAAUUGGGGUGUUUGUAGACGACGACCUCUUCGGCGACGAAGAUAGGUUCCUCUCCGAUGAGCGGUCCGGUUCAGACAGCAAUAGGGAAGACGACGAUGCGGAUGCGAUACACCAAGCCGCUCCCGGCGAUCUUGGCCUGGCCGAAGCCAUCACAGUCCUAACCAACGACAUUGACAAACUAAUCGCUCAGGACGCAGUAGUGGAUUCUCUGCUGAGGAAGGCAGAACUAACGAAUAACAUGGCCGAGCUGAGAAUUCUUCGCAAGUCAAAGGCAAGUCUGCAAAGGGAAAUUCGGAGAAAGGAGCUGCAGAGACAACAGUACGUCAUACAGGAGAGUGACAAUAGCCUGUAUGGCCGCUCCACCAUCAAAAUCAAAGGAAUCCAGGUCGGGCGAGAUGAAGAUGGCAAGGAAUUCGCCCUCUAUGCUAUCGAGGUUUCGAGGAACGCGGGCGAGCAGAUGCCUGCGGCUACGUGGGUCAUCACACGGAGGUAUAGCGAGUUCCUCGAGUUGCACCAGAAACUCCGCUCGCACUAUCCCUCGGUUCGCAAUCUCGAUUUUCCCCGCCGUCGCGUCGUCAUGAAGCUGCAAAGCGAGUUCCUUCAGAAGAGGCGCGCAGCCCUCGAAAAGUACCUCAGCGAGCUGCUUCUCCUACCCGACGUCUGCCGCAGCCGCGAUUUGCGUGCCUUCCUUUCCCAGCGCGUCAUUACCGCGCAGCAGGGGACAGAGGGGAGCAGCAACAAACAGAGAGAUAUGAUCUCGCGCCUCUACGACUCGGUCGCAGACGGAAUGGAGGAUAUACUUGGCAGCAUACCUGUUCUGGACCAGCUCUCAUUAGCUGGGCAGAACCUCAUCGCGGCGGCUACGAAUCAGCUUGGGACGAUGCCCCUAGGCGCACUCAACGACGAGGUGGCUGAUGCGGCGGGGAUUAUGAGCGCCGCCGAGGCUGAGGCGGAGCUCAAUGCGUUUGAGAAUAACAACAAGGAGCUCGAGCCCUUUGUCAAACCGAUAUGUGACAUCUUCCUCGAGGUGUUUGAGCUCAAUCGGGGCAACAACUGGCUGCGCGGCAGGGCUGUGGUAGUGGUGCUGCAUCAGCUACUGGGCGGCACCAUUGAGCGCAAGCUGAGAGACAACGUCAGGGCUCUCUUGCAGGAGGACGCGCUGCUCAAGUACAUCGGCCUGUUGAGAGACGGCCUGUGGCCUGGCGGCCAGCUGCCUAGGGACAAAGUGCCCCGAACGCCAGCGGAGAAGGCGAGGACCAGGACUGAGGCUAGCUUAAUGCUUGCGACGCUCGUGCCGGAUCUGGCGGGUAGCGUAGUAGGCCGGCUGAACGCGCAAGCGGCGAGCAGGAGGGUGUUUGCGACCUUGAAUAACUCGCGGUUGAAUGCCCAUUUGGCGUUUACUUUGUUGGACGAAGUCAUCAACGUGCUGUUUGAGAGCUGAGUUGGUGGAGGGUAAUCAACGUAAUUAAUGGACUGCAUAGCAUUGGAGUUUUGGCUUGGGGUUGAUGGGCAAGCUGCAAGCAUCACACGUCGGGGGUUAGCGUUGUUUACCUUAGUUAUCUGUAUGUAUCUCAUAUACCAGCUACAUGUACAUACCAGGUAUCCAUGACCUGUGAUGGCCUGUUUCUACGCCGAGCCUCAUCUCGCCUGUAUUCUGGAGUCCGGGUUCUCACCACCUGAGAGCAAAGCAUGGCGAUGAGAUAUUUCCAGCAUCACGCUUGGCCUACUAGUAGUAUCUAGGAGUAUCGAUAUCCUGAGUUCGAAAUGAUCAAGAUCGGGAUCGACAGU